AUGUUUAGUCGAUCAUUUACACCUAAUUUAUUAUUUCUGAUAGGGCAGAGGAAUGCUAUUACAAGAAAAUUGUUCGCAGUUACUUUCGGUCCUCAUUAUCGUGUAACAGCCAAAGGGUAUCAAGCUAAUUCAACGACUGUCAGAGAUAUAUAUAGCAAACUUACGUCUUAUUCAUCAUCCGACCAAUGGCGUGAUGCUGGAGAACAGCUAGUCGAAAAGUAUUUUGCAUCAUCGAUGUUAUACCGACGUUCUAUUUUGGUUGAACUUUCGCAGAAUUUUGGUGUAGAUCAUGCAAUACUUAAACGAUCCAUUGAACUCUACCAUAAAAAUGAACAAGCAUUUAUGAAUGUUGCUUCAGCAUCACGUCCACAUUAUUUUCGACUUUUCCAAUCUAUUGGCAACAUGACAGGCGGUGUGGAAAGGAUAUGUUCGAUGCGUGCUGAUCUUUUGGGAAUGCUCUGUUCUUCGGAUUUGACGCGAACUGAUAGUGCAGCGUUACGACCGGUCGAAAAUUGUUUUCGUGAAUUACUGACGCUUUGGUUUUGUCAAAGUAAUUUGCGUUUGCAACAACUGACGAUUGAAUCACCGGGUGACAUUCUUGAUAAAGUUAUGAAAUAUGAAGCUGUGCAUCCAAUAACCGGUUUGAUAGAUAUGAAACGACGCCUUGGUCCUAAUCGACGUUGCUUUGUGUUUAUGCAUGAAGCAAUGGCUCGUGAACCGUUGGUUGUUGUUUAUGCCGCAUUUAUGAAAAAGAUUGCCAAAAAUCUUGAAGAUAUAAUGAAUGACGCCGAUAUAUUUGAGGAUGAAAAUGUAAGUGAUACAGCGAUCUUUUAUUCGAUAUCAUCAACACAAGCAGGUUUGCGUGGUAUCGAUCUGGGUAAUAUGUUGAUAAAGCGGGUAAUUGCAGAGAUUUCAAACACCAACCCGCACAUACGCGUAUUUGCAACUUUAUCACCUAUGCCGUAUUUUCGUAGCUGGCUUUUACGAUCCCUUAAAUGUGCAGCACCAUCUGUAGAUGUGAUUGAUGAAAGAUUAUUGGAAAUUUGUGAGGAAAAUGAAUUCUUUGAAGGCGACAUUAGAAUAGUCGAGCUCGUACGAUUGUUUCUUUUGGAUCAUUUGAACAGAGUUAAUGCUAGCAAAUAUGAAAAAAUUUUCGAGAUUAUUAUGCAUUUAGCGGUUCGGUAUUUGCUGGAAGCAAAACAUUCUGCUACAGGACGUGCUUUUGAUCCCGUUGAAAAUUUUCAUUUGCGAAAUGGCGCAGAAAUUUAUGCUGUAAAUUGGAAAGCUGAUACAACAACAAAGGGAAUGGAAAGUAGUUAUGGUGUGAUGGUGAAUUAUCUGUAUCGAUUAGAUCAGGUUAUGAAAAAUUCAACUCAGUAUAUUCAAAAAGGAGAAAUUGCAAUUAAUUCUGACGCUCUAGCGUUAUUAUAA